AUGGAGGAGGCCACGACGACCAACAGCGACCGUCCGCGACCCGCGACCACCACGGCUCCGUUGUCGCUCGGAGAAAAGCUGCUCGGAAGAGCAAUGAAGAAAGGUGGCAUCUCGGUCAGCGUGCACGGAGUAGCAGUGAGCAUCACCAACCACACCAGGACCACGGGAAGCGCAUGGAAAUCAGACCCCAGGAUCAACGUUGCAAAGGAUAUCAGCAGGUGGGUUCACGAUUCCGUGCCUUCAGGAAUCUCGACGACGCACUAUAGACAUAGCUCAUGCCUGUGCAGCCCAAUCGACGACGGUGCGAACCGACAAGAGCAAAAACCCCGCACUGAGAGCAAGCACCUCAAGGACCCAUUUAAGGAGACGACGGAGGAACGCGCAAAGCAACCGAGCGGAGCAUGGCGGUUGGGGAAAAACACGCUAGUCGACGACAUUUUGGGCGACAAGUUCAUCAUGCCAGGGAUGCAAGGCACGUAUCCGCUGGGAUACCGCAAUUUCAUCGGCAAGGGAACUAAAAAAACGCCGCCACCACCACCAGAGAAUCCCCCGCCGAAGCCAGCCGCUGAGGAAUACGCAAUGUCAUGGUCUGUGUCAGACAAUAAUGCGCAGAAGCAAGACGCACAGUUGUCGCGGCAAAGCUCUGCGUGGGAAGAGACGGUCACCAGGAAUCUUCUACUCGAAAAUCUCACUGACGACCGGGCACAAGGUCAAUCGUGCUACGACGCUAGCCUCAACAGGGUUCUCGCUGGAUACUCGCACAUGCAGCUCCAAAUGGACUCAUUUCCGGAGAAUGUAGCGAAUUCGGCGGGGCUCAUAGCGUCACACCUUGACGCCCAGAAACGUAAGGGUGAUGACGUGGAGCAGAUUGGCCAGAGCUUGAGCCAGCUCGACGAAUCCUUCAAUAGACACAUUGCUGCGGAGCAGGCGGAUAUGAUGCUAAGCAGCCGCCCUGCAACUUCGCUGCAGCAGGAUUUUUCGGCGAACCUGGCAGCAGCAGAGCAAAAGCUGCGAUCUGCAACGCCGAAGGCUUACGGGGUCACAAAUAACCAGGAACGCGGAUUUAGGUCGAGGCAGCCAUCAGCCACCUCUAGGCCAACUGCCGCUGGCACGCCAGCUAGGAUGGCGCCAGACCCAACUGUCUCGGCACCGCCUGGCAUGCUGGAGGAACCAACCGUAGAUGUGCCCCCUGGCGUACUGAACGAUCCGUCGUUGGAUGCGAUGUCACAUCUAAACAUCAAAUCGGCCGAGGAAUCACGGGCAGGUGCAAAACAAAAAUCUUUAGAGCGGGCGCAGCGCAAGGCGAAAUCCAGGUCCGCCGAUAGGUCGCCAUCCGCAGUCAAUGCGAAGCCCCUCGAGGGUGAGCAAGCCCUCGCUAAAAGCGAUACUCCCAAGAGAGGGCGGCAAAGGGUUAAGCCUAGGUCGGCAGACAGAUCACCACUUGGAGACAAUUCUAAACCACUUGAAGAUGAGCAGAUGAUGGUCAGCAGCGCUUCAUUCAAGGGGGUACUGCAGGGACUUAAACCCAGGUCAGCCGAUAGGUCGCCGCAGGCGGGACAAGCAAAACCAUUCGACGACUUGCGCCUAGCGAAAGCCGAACCAUCCGAGAAAUCACAGCCAGAGGUAAAAGGCAAGUCGUCUGAGAAGACGGCACAAAAGGCGGGACGGAACACACCGGAAAAGGCUACAUCAGCUGCGAAAUCACGGUCGACUGGAGGUGCGCUGCCACGCGUAAAAGCCCAGCCGAUUGUAGCAGCUCCUCCAGGCCUUACAAUAGGGGCACCGGAGGAUGUCCUGCAGCAGGCAAAAGCCAAAUUGGAUCAGGGGUUGCCACCGAAUGCAAAACAGCUGUCACGCGAGAGAUCACCGUUAAGUGUAAAAUCCAAGACACCCGUCGAUCCUCUAUUCGCUGCUCAACCCCAGUUGGCCGUCCCGAUUCCUUUGGCUGUCAUAUCCAAAUCACCCGAACAAGAACCCACAGGUGGAAAACGCAAGGCGGCAGAGAAAGCCAAGCGAAAAGGCGUAGCAGGAUCACCCAACGAGGAGUCCAAUCUGUCUAAAGCCAAGACGCCGGAGGGUACGCCAGCGGGUCUGAAAGCUAAACCAAACAAAGCGGGGCAACAGAAGGCGGGAGCCAAAUCGGUUGGCAAAGCGGCGCCGGGUCCGGUGAACGAACAGUCUUUGGAUUCAGCACCAGAUGUAAACACCGUGGCAUUGAAGGACUUACAGCCAAGUGCAAAGGCCAAAUCAGCCGAUCGUGCACCUAAAAAAGUGAAACAAAAGUCCGCGGAUAAAUCAUUAACGCCGGCACAGUCAGGAUCGUUGGAAGAUGCGCAGAUCAUUGUUAAAAGUGACACGCCAAAGGCAACAGCGCAGGACGUGAAACCUAAAUCAACUGAUAAAUCGCCAUCUGCAGUGCAGUCUAAGCCAGGCGAGGAUGAACAAGCCGUAGUUAAGAACGAUGCACCUAAAAAAGCACCACGGAAGGCAAAGCAAAGGUCAGAGGAAAAGUCAACAUCUGCUGUCGAUUCGAAGCCAAUCCCGGGUGACCUACGCCCAGUGAAAGCCGAACCAUCCGAAAAAUCACAGCCAGAGGUAAAAGGCAAGUCGUCUGAGAAGACGGCGCAAAAGGCUGGACGGAACACACCGGAGACAACGAAGGCGAAAUCGGGGGCAUCAAAGCGUAAGCAAAAAGCCUCUGGGGCAGAUGCACCGGAGGAUAACACAGCGCCGGCAAAUGUUGAAGUGCAAGACGCCAAAACGAUUGCUCUGAAUACGGUAUCAGCAGCGCCUGCGCCGAAGGAGGAAGUGGAUAGGUCCAAAGCACAAUCCGAACAAAUCGUGAAAGAGAGCAACAGCCACUCAGCUGAGGAAGCACACCCUACAAACGGAAAUGGAGGAAAUAAGGUUGCCGCGCAGAACGAGGAGGCGGAAGCUCCGGCGACAACCACACGGAAUACGAAAAGGAAGAGCCGACACCGAAAACCAGCAUCCAAAACCCAGCCUGCCGGAUCCGAACAGAUUCAGCAAUGA